UAUGGUCUAUUACUAAAUAAUAGACCUGUUUAUUGUUGGGCCACUGCUGGGCUGGUUUUUCAGUUUUCUUAUUGUUGGUGUUUUUUAACCGAAGUAGCGAAUUUUACAGAUUUAAAAUUUCUUUCUCAUUGUUAUCUACACAAACAAAAGGUUGUAAAUUUUCUCCUUUAAUUAUUUCUAAUCUAUUCUAGUAAACGUUUAUUAAAUAUGUAAAAUAAAGUUAGAAGCCGGUAGUUAAAAGGUGUUUCUUAGCAAUUCUUGUGAUAUUUAUGAUGGAUGCUGAGUUUACGGGCUGUAGUUUACGGAUUUCUGUACAGUGGUGGGGAAAAAGUGGAUCGGUCACAUGGCGUCUGAUCUAAGCAAGUGUAGUAAGAGCAAAAACUAUUUCAAGCUUUAUGAGAAAACGUAGUUGAUAUGCAUUCGUGUAUUCAGUGAAAUAACCAUGUUAUACUUAUUUUCUGAAAAUAGGCUAAUAUCUCACUGGCAGUAAGAGGGUAAAUUUCAAUCGAAAUAAAGGAAUUCCCGUGGCGUGUUAAACAAACAUAUUACUUUUGGUCAGCACACAAAUGUCAAAAUAUAUUUAGCGUUAUUAUUCAAUUUCUGGAGAGUGGGUUGCUUCAGAUUCAAUUAGGGCGGGCACUAUGUUCAGGUUUAUCAUAAACACUUUAAAUGAAUGUUGGUUUGUAUGUAGCAAUAGUAAAAGGAACUUAAUUGUGGCAAUGCGGCAAUAGUCGGUACUUACUGCAGUUAAGAGGUGGUCUUAUGGCGCAUUUAUUUAUAAUUACCAAGACAGUUUGUUGAGUCACGUUUUAGUUCAUAUGCAAUAAAUCUCUAAAAGGUUUGUUAAUUAUUAUAGUGGGUUAGCUAUAAGCCAAAUAUGGCUUUUUUCGGUAUUUACUAAUUAUCUUUAUUGUUUAUUUUAUUGCACACAUGGAAACGCGAAACCGGAAAAGGCGCCGUCCGUCGGUCAAACUACACCAGCAUCCCAGCCAAAACCUACCUGGCACCAGCCAACAACCCCGUCAGCUGCCUUCCACCCAAAUGCCCGAUCAGCUGCCUCCCAACCAACAGCCUGUCCAGAUGCCUCCCAACCAACAGCCUGUCCAGCUGCCUCUCACCCCCAGCCAUCGACUCGGCCAAUGGUCUUCAAACCAACAGUCCGGCCAUCAACCCGACCAGCUGCCUCUCAGUCAACAACUGGGCGACCAGAUGCAGCCUGCAGCAAGCCAGCCAGAUCCGGCUGUUCAAUCGGUUUGCCGUGUAGACGCAGAGUACCAAACGUCGGAUACAGGUCGGUCACGACUCCACUUCCGAUGGGGCAGUUCGGACACCUCGGGUUCGUCGACAGUCGCUUGAAGUUAACAGUUCCUUGGCAAUCAGUGCCGGAUGGACGCUUUUUACCUGGCACAUUUUUUGGGGAAAAUAUAUAUGAUUUUGUUGGGAGUGCUGAUGGCCGUCACCCGGAGUCAGCACUCAUAUACAAUUUAUUUGUGCAGUUAGUUAUUUGCAAUUAGUUUGGGCUUGCCAUGUUCGCAGGUGGCCCUUGCUGCUUGGAGUCGAGGCAUUAUAUGCCAGAACCAUUUUUUAUGUUUUUAUGUUAUAAGGUCCUUUAAUAAAAAGUAAAAAUUUA